GUGAUGGCCCCUUGGGUCCGCAGGGUCUUCAUUCACAUACUUCCAAGGCUACUAGUAAUGCGUAGACCCCAUUAUCAAUUGGACAGCAGAAGUCAUCGUGUCAUGGUCAGAACGUGCAAUGGUCUAGAACUGAGAGAUUCUGGACUUUACCAUGAUGCCUCUGAGUUAGUAGAUGAUCCUACAGGAUUUUUUCCUAACGCUAGUUCCAUUGAUGAGCUAACCCCGAGAGAAUUGGAGGCAGGAGCGCUAAGGUCUUGUAGCAUCCACGGCACUACUCCACCUCCCAGCAUGGGGUUCCAUUUAGGAGAACAUUUACUAGACGAAAAGGGUAUUGGUCAUAUAGAAGACCAUCUGAACGAGGUACUGUUGAAGGACUGCCACCCCUGGCACCACUGCCCCGAAGUCCAUAAAGCCAUUGAUGGUGUUAGAUUUAUUGCUGAUCAUACUAGGAGAGAGGAGGACUCCACAAAGGACGGAUUUGAUGAUGGCUUUGUUAAGGCGAAAGCGCUCAGCCUAAUGAUUAAUGUCACCAAUCCCAGUCUACUUAAUAAUUCACUAUUCCUAGUGAAAAGAUAUUGGUGUGCCAGAAAAUGGAGUAAUUUUAACUUCGAAACACUUCAUUGUUAG